CCAACCACUCUCACCCACCUUAAUCUACUUGCUAUAUCAAUAUCAAUGUUGGCUAAAAUUUCCUUUCAGGCUCCAAAAAACAUACAAAGCCUAAAAUUUUUCAGUACAUUUUUUUUCUUUGUAGGUCAGCUCCCAAUUAGCCCCAAAUGGCACCCCAAGCAGAAUUGCAACAAGAAGAAAUCAUUUAUCGAUCAAAGCUUCCUGAUAUCUAUAUCCCCAAGCACCUCCCUUUGCAUUCGUAUUGCUUCGAGAACAUAUCAAACGUGGCCUCCAGGGCCUGUUUGAUUAAUGGGACGACAGGUAAAGUUUACACUCACGCAGAAGUUGAGCUCACAGCUCGCAGAGUCGCGUCAGGGCUCAACAAGCUUGGCAUCCAACAACACCAAGUGAUCAUGCUUUUGUUACCGAACACUCCAGAGUUUGUCCUGUCAUUUCUCGGCGCAUCAUUCCGUGGCGCUAUUGCAACAGCUGCCAACCCUUUUUUCACCCCUGCGGAGGUAUCAAAGCAAGCAAAAGCUUCCAACACCAGGCUCAUAAUCACGCAAGCCAUCUACGUUGACAAAGUAAAAGAAUUUGCCGAAGACAACGAUGUGAAGAUCAUGUGCAUUGACUCGUGCCCAGAGGGCUGUUUACAUUUCUCCGAGUUAACUCAGGCCGAUGAGAAUGAUCUCCCUGAAGUCGGCAUCGUUCCAGACGAUGUCGUAGCACUGCCUUAUUCGUCAGGAACCACGGGGCUACCCAAGGGGGUGAUGUUAACACACAAAGGUUUAGUCACGAGCGUGGCACAGCAGGUCGAUGGAGAAAACCCAAACUUGUAUUUCCACAGUGAAGAUGUGAUCUUAUGUACUCUGCCCAUGUUUCAUGUUUACGCCCUGAAUUCGAUUAUGCUUUGCGGUCUACGUGUUGGGGCUUCAAUUUUGAUCAUGCAGAAGUUUGAGAUUAGAUUGUUGUUAGAGCUUAUAGAAAAAUACAAAGUGACAAUUGCUCCGACUGUGCCACCUAUAGUUUUGGCCAUCGCUAAGUCAUCGGAAACUGAUAAAUACGACUUGACUUCCGUAAGGAUGUUGAAGUACGGGGCCGCACCCAUGGGUAAAGAGCUCGAGGAUGCUGUAAGAGACAAGUUUCCUGGUGCCAAACUUGGGCAGGGUUAUGGAAUGACCGAAGCAGGAGUUCUAGCAAUGUGCUUGGGAUUUGCUAAGGAACCGUUUGAAAUAAAAUCCGGGGCUUGUGGGACUGUGGUAAGGAAUGCAGAGAUGAAAAUUGUUGAUCCUGAUACCGGUUCCUCGCUACCAAGAAACCAGGCUGGAGAGAUUUGCAUUAGAGGAGAUCAGAUCAUGAAAGGAUACCUGAAUGAACCUGAGGCCACCGCCAGGACCAUUGACAAAGAGGGCUGGUUACAUACCGGAGACAUUGGUUACAUUGAUGAUGAUGAAGAACUCUUCAUCGUUGACAGAUUAAAGGAAUUGAUCAAAUACAAAGGUUUUCAGGUUGCUCCUGCUGAGCUUGAAGCUAUGCUCAUUGCUCACCCUGAUAUUAUUGAUGCCUCCGUCGUCGCCAUGAAGGAUGAGGCGGCUGGAGAAGUUCCUGUUGCAUUUGUGGUGAGAUCAGACAAAUCACAAAUCAGCGAGGAUGAAAUCAAGCAGUACAUUUCAAAACAGGUGGUGUUCUACAAGAGAAUAAGUCGUGUGUUCUUCAUUGAAGCCAUUCCAAAGGCAACAUCAGGCAAAAAUUUGAGAAAGGAAUUGAGAGCUAAACUUGCUACUGGAAACUAUUGAAACUUGUUUUCCAGGUCUUCCACGCCCAUAAAAGUUUGAAAUAAUAUACGAAAAAUGCAAAGGUCCCUGUUAUAAACAAAUGGGAGUGUUCAUAUAUGUGAGUUUGGCAAGAAUGUAAAUUACAAGAUAAAAGAAUUCAAUUUGCUAGAGGACAUAUAAUUGAUUAAUAUUCUGUUUUUUCUUUUCAUUUUUUUUUCACUGUUUUUGGUAAAUGGAAGAAGAUGAAAAUUUUAUUUUAUUUUGUAACAAUAUUAGCUCAUAGUAAAUUGCAAAUUGAGACGACAAAAAACAAUUUCAUUUUAUGUGAAAGUCCUUAUGGCUUUAGAUAUUGUUUCGGAAUUCGGAUAAAGUAAUCUGAAUUUUGUACUACUUAGAAUUUCUAGUUUUUUCUUCUUUGUCAAUUUUGUCUGCUCUGCUCCUCUUUACAUCAAUAAAUUUCUGGGGUAGCUUUGUUGGCAAAUGUUGGAUUCCAGAAGCUGAAUAACUGCAACUGAUAUCCAAACUCCAUUUGCAUAAAACAUUUAUUCUGAAGAAGAUGUAAACAUAGAAAAAUGUUGUCUGUUUAGGUUGCUUGAUGCCUUUUACCGACAAGCAUAUCAAAUAUUAUAGACAGAAGUUCAGAGUAUCUAUUGUUAGGAUACAGUAACAAGAUGCAUUAACUAUGACUUAAUCUUACUACAAUUACAGAGAUUUAAGACAUGGUCUCCCAGUUGUGCAAAAAAUAAUUUAGUCUGAAAUCUGGCAUUCACUCGUCUUGUUCAUUCUUGGUUGCUAAACUUCUGUUAUCUCUUCAUUGUAGACAAUUAAAAUUUAAUUCCAUGGGCAGAAAAAAGCUGGCAAAUCGAACAGACUCUCCCAUGAUUAUCAGAUCCUGUUAUUACACAGCUCAACCAUUACAAUUUACAACUGUAACGAGUGUUUCCUCCAUUCUUUCUCCAAUUACCCAAAAGGAUUAAGAGGAUUGAGGUAAGUGAAGGAAAGAGAAAAAAUUAGAAGGUCUUCUAAUACAAAAUUACAUUUAACCUUAAUAGCAACAGGCAAACAACUUUUCAUGUAGCAUAUAACAAACUCCAUCGAGAUCAUGCUUAAUGUCAGCUUGGUGAAAAAGCAAGAGUGUGGCCAUAAACUUCUCCUGUUCCCCUCAAAACCCAAUGGGAUUACUCCAAUUAGGUCAAAAACACAAAAGGAAACUGGGAGAAAAUUGUAAGCGCACCACUCUGUAGCCCCAUGGAACCAAACAGGAUUAGCAUGAUUCAUGAAGCCUAAUUAAUUGAGAAUAUGAAAUUUAUUGCGGGUGGUGAUGGAACUGAUCAAGAAAACACGAUUUGAGGAAGGGUGCAGGAAUGCGUUGCUUGCUAGUCAUCACCCUGAAUGUACCAGCAAAGGAGCAUAGUGGCACAGCGGCGCAAGAUGUAAAGUCGAGCACGUUGCUGCUUAACCAAGGAAGCACACUUAGUGGAGAACCCAUUCCCCUUUCUCUUUGCUGAGGCCUUGACUCCACAGUUGUAUUGCUGGUACUGAAACUGAGCCAUGGCUAAAACAGGAGUAUUUUGCUAUAGAUUUGCUAAAAAAAAAGCUCAACGUAGAGCUUUAGGCCGUGUGGAUUAAGGGUAAAGUAUAUAUACAAUUACAAUCCCAAAAUCCAAGAAAGGUUAGCUGGAAUAUGAAGGAAGCAAGUGAACAUGGUCAGGUUCAAAAACUGAGGGAUUUGCAUUUGCAUGGAAGAUGCAACUUAGU